AUGGAGAGUCCGGGAUAUUCAGGUGCAAAGAAGACCACGCGGAAACAUAACUCAUCAGACUCAGAUUCCGAUGCUGACACUAGCACUAGGAAGAAACGAGGAACCGGCCCAGUAGCAGCGCAAGCAACUAAGUUGGAACGACUCAUGAACAAGAUUGACAAGCCCAUUGAAUUACCACAAGCUGCUAAUACUAAAUUGCACAAGGAACGAGCACCUAAAGAGUUUAAUAUGAAUGUUCAAGGAUCAAGUGCUGGUGCUGGCAGUGGAGAAUUCCACGUAUAUCGUGCUAUCAGGCGGAAGGAAUAUGGGCGUGUCAAGGCUAUGGAAGAGAAUGCUCAAAUUGAAAAAGAAGAUCUCGAAUACCAUCAACGAGUAGCUCAAACUCGUGAAGAAGAAGACAGGGAAACUGCAAAGAAACGAGCUAAACGACAGAAACGAAAGACGAAAUUGAAAUUGAAUAAGCAGAGUAAGGGUGCAGAUGGUGGAGAUGAUAGUAAAGAUACGCCGAAUGAUGGUGGUGAUGGGGAAGAAGGUAACGAUGAGGAGUAG